AUGCCUGUAGGCAACCAGGGGUUGGGGAUUGUGAAGUCUGGAAAAAAGAUCUCCUUUAUUGCUGAGUUCCGCAAAUUGGAGGAUGGAACAAUUAUCGACAUGGGAGCUGACGAAGGAGUUUUUGUAUACAGCGACGCCCACAACAGUUAUUUACUCUACGGGAUGAAAGUAUUCAAGAGUUUUAGAAAAAUAGGAAAAGAUGAACACAUGACUGGGAUACUAGAAGACUACAAAAUCAUACAUCCUGCAAAAGAAGGGAAUAAGCUAGUGAACUUGAGACAUCUAGAAGCAUGCAGCGGGGAAAUAGAGUAG